CAUGCGUGAUCUUGUACCUUAGCAACAUUGACACAAAAACGCCGAUAAAUAUGAGAAUAAUGUUUUGAGUUUGUGUAUUGAUUAAUGUGGACAUUAAUUUAACUUUUUUGUAAAACUAUGGACGAAAUUGGGUCUUUAGAUAUAUCCUGGGUGCAAGGUUACAACGGUUCAAAUGCCACAUUCAUCAACCAAACCACAAUUUGCUACCCAUGUGGUAACUUCAUUAAGUUCCUUGACAUCAGCUCCAACGAUGAAGCUAUCCAUUCAUCUCCCGGUGAGGGUAUUGGUGCAUUUACUGUAUGCGGAACUCAGCAUGUUUUAGCCUUUUCAGAAAACUGCCUUAGCCCAAGAAUAUUUAUUUACACUUAUCCUUCUCUUACUGAAAAAGUAGUUUGUAAAGAUGGAGCACAGCUGGAAUAUUGUGCACUAUCAAUCUCCAAUUCACACCCUUAUCUCAUCAGUUGUUCAGGAGUUCCCGACUUUUCCAUAAUGCUAUGGAAUAUGAACAGUGGAGAACUCCUGUGUAAGGCAGCUAUGGAUCUUUUGAGUUGCACCGGUCUGUCAUUCAAUCCUACUGAUUGGCAUAAGGUGUGUUGCUUGACGGACGAACAACUGACUGUAUGGACCAUUCAACAGGCCGAUACAAAAUACCUCUUGGUACCUAGUAAAAUCAACUUACCAUUUGAAGAUGGUAAUUCUCUUUCACCUGGAGAUGAUUUGAUUAACAGACCAGGUAGCAAAAUAGGUAACCAUGACAUUAUCUUACCACCUGCUGCCAUUGCUGGUCUCAUUGGUGACAUAGCUGAUACGUUUGAUGGUAACUUUAAUGAGAACAAGCGUCAAGUGCAGCCUAGCUCCCACUGCUGGACUCCAAGUGGUGACUUGUAUCUUGGCUGUGGAGGUGGCCAACUGUUAUUGAUCAACACAGAGACGUUUGAUGUGAAGAUGUUAAACAAUGACAUAGGGAAGAGGCAGACUGCAUUCACUAACAAGCGAACAGAAUCAUCCAUUCUUAAAAUGCCUCCUGUCAUAGAUGAGUCAGCAUCGGAUGAUGGUAGACAGCGUCUUGGAGAUGGUGUAUUUAGCUGUAUGGCCCUACACAGAGAUGGUCUGUACAUUGGAGGGGAGGAUGGUAUUCUACGCUGCCUAGAUGUUACUGGAAAUGUUGUGCAAGUAUCGGACAGCUGCCCUAUUGACAGUCCAAUCACCUCCCUCAACUGGUCUCCUAAUUAUGCAAAGUUGGCAAUUGGAAGUUCAAAGGGCUCCCUCAACUUGUAUGACUCUAGUAAUUCUGGUACAACAGACCUUGUACUGGACACACACUUUGGAAACUUUGUUGGCCUAGACAUGUUAAAUCCAGGAGUGCAGCAUUGUGUGACUGUACGUGAAGAUGGUGAAUUACAAAUCUGGAGUGUUGAAGACCAUCAACUGGUAGGCAGUCUCCCAUUGGCUGUCCAGUGCUGCAGUUUGGCUAGUAGUCCCUCGUCUCAUUCUGUAGCUGUUGGCACACUCUCUGGCCAUAUCUACGUGAUUGAAGUGACAAAUAUGGAUAAUCCACGCAUUGUCCAGCGCCUUCGAGUCCACCAGCAUGCUGUCAUGCAUAUUACGUACGAUACAGAGGGUCGAUAUCUAUUCAGUGGCUCCGAUGACGGCCAUGUCUAUGUUAUUGAUGCUAGACCAUCAAAUAAAUUCCAAGUGCUAGCACAAACAGCAAUUGACGGCCACAUUGAGAGUGUUUCAACACACACGGCCGAGAAGCACGGCAGUGUUAGAGUAGUAGUGACUUAUACUGCCCUAGAUGCUGAUAUCAACAUCGGAGCAACCAAGAUCACACAGUUUGACGUGCCCUCUGACCUGAAUGAUAAUGUCAGUAAAUAUUGUACAAGUCUGAAGAUGGAUCUUGUUGAAGACAGCAUAAAUAAGCUCAACUUUAACCUGAAUGAAUCCAGCCAUGGGGGCGCUGUUACAGCUGAUAGGAAAUUCUUUACGCUUCCACAUUAUUCUAAACAGCUUCAUGAAAUCCGCAUCCCUGAGGAAGCGCCUAAAAAGGCCAACAACAAAGCAUCUUACUUGCAACCACAGAAAAUGUGUCCGAACCAUGAACUUGCUGGAGGGGUGGUCACCAUGUCCCCUCACCAUCAAUGGGUUGCAAGUGGAGGCAGUGAUGGUCAAGUGCAUGUGAGAGAGUUGAGCCAACUGGACCGCAGAGUCUCAGUGCAUGCACACAGCUUCCAUAGCGGAGGUGUUAGCCGCAUGUGUUUCUCAAGAGAUGGCAUGUACCUGCUUACAUGUGGGGUUGGUGAUGGUGUUCUGACCUGUUACUCCUGGAACUUCAGUGCUACAGGUAAAGGUAAGGUAACUUCAGCUAUUGAGUCAGCACGCUCACAUAAAACCGCCCUGCAUGCUAUCUGCAAGAGAGAAGAUGACAUAAUGUUUGCGAUACCUGAUUGGUCACCUCUUGAUGCUGUAUCUAGGGAGGCUACAAGUGAUACAAUUGGCCAUCAGCCAAAAUCACCAAGGACCCUAGCGAUGGAGGCAGACCAAAUCUAUGUCACACCCACACCAACACCCAAGGGAGAUCCAACAUGGAUGGAAUUAAAAAUAUUGGAGGCAAUUCGAGAGGAAGAUAAAGAAUUCACUGAACAGAAGAAGAAUUUAAGAACAGAAAUUAGGGAUUUGAGAAGAAAGAUUCAAAGCAUGAUGAAGGAGAAUGAUGUGUUACCUGAGAUUGAGCGUUUGGAGAGGCACGAGUUCAACCUCGACACUGAGGAUCAAUCCAGACUUCAAGCUGAAGGAGAUAGUCAAGUACAGCAGGUGCGUGAAGAAAUUGACUUUGGAAACCUUGCAAAGAAUUAUCUCCAAGAAAUGAUCAAGAAUGAAUGCUGGGAUAGCAUGUGUGUCAAAGGUCGAUGUACCAAGGCCUUCCACUCCAAUCUCGAAGUAAGCAAUUACCCAAUGCGCCAACGAACAAAGGAGGAGAAAGCGGAGCUUGCAUUUGUUACCAAACUCAGGCAAAUAGAGAUUGCCGAGAUAACGGCAAGGAAAGAGAUAACAGAGGCACAGUCUAAACAGUCUAAUAAGACUGAACCUGAGGAAGGGGAUGAUGAGUCUGUUGAAGGGGAUGGCGUGGAGCAGCCCUCUAUGACCGGUAGCCUAGGGGCAGAGUAUGGUGGUGGUAGUGAUUACUUCUACAGUCAGUUUGAACUGCACACCAGACAGCAAGAGCGUAAUCAGAUUAUAUUGCUCCAGGAUGCUGUUUAUCGGAUUAAAGUAGCUUUCAACAGCGAGUUUGAUGAAGUUUACCGACAAAAGGAACAAGAAAUUGCACGCAUCGAGGAACGUAACACCCGUAUUUCCAAGAUCCUCAAAGAUCUUAACUCGACUGAAGAAUUGUGGAAGCCAGAAAUGGAUGAAGACGAAAAACCAGAAAAGUUAUUGAUAGUAGAAGACAAGGAGGUCAAGGUUAAGAAGUUUGUCACCCCAGAACAACAAGCAAAGUUGGAUGAAGAAGCAAAGGUAGAAGAACAGCGCCGCCUCUUGGAGAAAGGAGAUAAUGACCUGCAGCGGGGUCGUGAUAUGAUGAUGGGGGGAGUAUUGGAAGUCAAGAAGGAGGACGAAUUAAAGAAGGAUGUUCCCCAACCAACAUUCAUUGUUAACAAACCUCAAGAGGAAUGGUCGGAAGAUGAGCUGAAAAUAGCAAAGGAGUAUGAGAGGAAGGUGAAGGAACUAAAUGAAGAAAGAGAAAAGUAUAAGAAGACCCUUGAAGCAGAGUUGAAGAAGCUGCAGACCAUCAUUAGUGACACUACUUCAAACUUUGAUGACAAACUGGUGGAUCUCUUCCUUAAGAAGAUCAAGGUGGAAAUGGUCAUUUUCCAGGAAGAGCUUAAGAUUUUGCGCUUGAAUUUCUCGCUCUUGAUCGAGGAAGAACUGAGCACAAGACAGGAGGAACUUCUCCGUCAGCUUGAGGAUAUUAAAGCCAGGAAGAGCGUCACCGUCCAAGCUGUUGGCCUGGCAAAAAAUAAAGUGGAGGAAUAUCGGGAUACGUAUGACAUACGUGUUGCCGAAGACAAGGUCAUGGAUAAGAACUUCCGUAGAGAAUUCAAUGACGUCAAUGCACUAAUUGUGGAUCAACUUUACAAGUUCUAUCGUAGAAGACCAAGAGGGCACAGACGUAUUCACCAUGCAGAUUCACAAGCAAGUUGCGUCAAUAACAAUCCAUACGGAGAGAGACCUCUAUCUGCACGUCAACCAGGAACCCUUGACAUCAUCCUCAAGCAAUUGGAUGAGUUCGAUGACCCAUCCCACAUGCCAGAGGAAGUUGAGCCUUCCGUAUGGAGACGUAUGUGUGCUGCACGGAGGUUAAAGGUUAAGAGUGAACACGAGGUUAAAGCUCAAGCCCUGACGCUGGCCGACAUGAAUGCUUUCCUACAGCUACGACAAGAUGAAGACGAGAAGCUCAAAAGAGAGAUGGAUGAUACAAUGGAUGAGCUAAAUCAGUUGCGAGAGACAAGCAUGCGAUUUAACUGUAACCUUGAAGUUCAGUUCCUGUUAAAACAAGGACAGGUUGAAAUUGACAGCGGCAAGUUCAUUCCCAAUUACUGUGACAGCAUCCUCAUCCAUCGUGGUGUUGUGGAGGAUCUCAAUGGUACCAUUCGGCAAUUAGGAGAGCAAAAAAUUGCAGCAAUGACAGAGAGUAAGGACUUCAGAAAAGGAAUCCAUAUUCUUGAGUGGGAGCACAAAAAGAUGGUGAUGCAAAUCCAAGAUCUACUAAACAAGGCAAAAGACAUUCAAAUGUUGAAAGUUUCUCGCCAAAUACAAGAUUUUCUACACAAUGAAGACCAUGAGGCUAAGAAGCAGCAAGAAAUAAGCACAUUGGAGCAAACACUGGAAAACCAAAGAGCACACCAUGAGAAAAAUGUCAAGGAAAAGAAAUCCAGCCUGUCAACUUUACGGAAAAUCAUCCAUAGGAAGGAACAUGAGAAUAAGAAAGUGGAGGGAGAGCUGCAAGAAAUGGUUGUGUCAGUAUCUGAAAGGAAACACAUCAAUGAAGUGAAUGCUUUAGCUAGAGAUGAAACUGGAGCUGAAAAAAGAAUGAAAGACAUAGUUCAAAGAAGGAAGCUGGUGGAUCUAGCCAAAGCUCAAGCCCAAGAGGUUGCUGUACUGAGAGCGGAGGUGGAGAGGCUUCGUAUGAGAACAUUCCCUGCCCUGGUUCAAGUGGAACGCUAGGCCUAGCUUUGAAUUUGUAGCAGAUGCAUGUUGAUGUAGUCCUACUAAAUAUUAUGCCUAUAUUCUGAAGAUUUUAAGUUGAAUAAUUCAAUUAAAACUAUCCUGUAAAUAACAUUCAAUGAUAAUAUUUGAAGUUGAAUGAUAUUAUUUUUUUUCCCAAUCGCAUAACAUAUUCUAUACCAUGUUACCAGUUCCACAUAAAAAUGAUUAUACAACCUCCUGUUGUAUUUUCUGUUGGCUCAUACAGGUUUAAAGUGAGUUUUCCAUUAUAUAAUUGGUUGUUACAUAUCAGGUAUUCUUAUGGUCUAUAUAUCUUCCUAAUUAUAGUAUUGUACAAAGAGGUGUAACAGCAAAAGAUAAUUAAACUAUAUGUAUAUAGUUUUAUUUUUGUUUAGCAACUGAAAGAGAAUCCUUUAUUCAGUAAUGUUUUAACUAUCCUCCAGAUUUUUAUUGGUAGUCUGCUUCAUGAAUACAGUACUUACCUGGAUAAAACAACUAUUGCCUUUAUUUGCUAAUUAAACACCCCACAAAAAAUAGAACUGUUCAUACCCAGACACCACCUGUGUCGACUCCAUAUCCUCAUUCUUUUGUCAGUUUGUCCAACAUCACAACUGAUUUGUGUCAUUUCUUUGAUCUCUCUUGUACUUUAUAAUCUGGUCAAUUCAAAAAAUGUAAUGAAAUUGAUAUUGAGUAUUAUCCAUGGAGUUAUAAUAAUUAUAACUCUUUUCAAUCUCAAUCUCACUGUCCUUGACCUUUUCAAAGGUCGCCUUCAAAAUUAUAUCUUAACUUAAAAGAUUGUUGUUAUUUGUAAUGUACAAAUCUGUAAUUAUAAUGAUGUACAAUUAAAAUUGUUUUUCUUUAUAAUACUGAUCUCCUGUUCUACGACAUAAUGUAUACUUUAUUUUGCCAGAUAAUUAUAUUAAAUGGUGUUACCAUGAUCGAA